GUACUACUUUUGCCUUUGAAGAGUAAUCUUGGCCCCUUAAAUGGCGGUGAUUGGAAGCGUGAGAGUGGAAUAUGCAGAAUGCAAUCAAGGCGAAUAUCAGAGGUGUUGAGCCUGUCGGAAAACGAGCACACUACUAGUUGCUCAUUCCUCAACAAGAGUGAUGAGAGGAAACAUGAUUCAGCCUCAGCACUCCAACAAUUUCUUGAUCGCGUACCCGUUGGCUCGAUAUCCGGCAUAACAGAUUCACAUGUUUUGGAAGUGAAAGCUGAAAACACUCUAAAAGACGCGAUUCAUAUGCUGUACGAAAAGGACGUGUUGGGUGCAGUCAUUGUGGAUGAUCAUGUAUUACAAUCAGAGAGCUGCUCUACCAUGAGAUUCUCUGAUCGCUUCAUCGGUUUCAUUGAUUUCCCAAGCAUGGUUCUCUGGUGUCUCCGGGAAUACGACAAGAAGAUGAUGGAAAAUCCCACGCAAAAGGAUAUAAAGAGCGGUGGGUUUUUCUCCAUCAUUCUAGAGCAAAUUCAUGAGAUUGGUCAAACCAAGAUUGGCGAGUUGGCCAAGUCAUUCCGAUGGAAACCAUAUUUCCCAGUGCGCAUGGAUGACUCCGUUAUGCACGCGCUGCUGCUUCUUUCUAAACAUCGCCUCCAUGUUUUACCAGUCAUUCAGCAAAAGCAUUUUGAUCCUACACUCAUCGCUCUUGUUACACAGAAUGCUCUAGUCCAAUUUCUUCUUCAAUCGAGUGGACUAGAGUGGUUCGAUAGCAUUGCAGAUAACAAGUUUUCAGAUUUGCGAGUUGAAGAUCAAGAACCUCCUAUUUGUGUAUAUGGGAACCAAACUGUUGCAGAUGCUUUCAAGUUGCUUUGGGAGAACCAUAAUACUUGUGCAGUUGCAGUUGUAGAUCAACAAACUAAGAAGAUUAUGGGUAAUGUGAGGAACAGUGACGUUUAUCAUCUCCUGAAGAGUGAUGAAAUCCUCAAAAAUAGAACGGUUUUAACUAUGGAAGAAUUCAUCCACAUGGAGAGUGAAGCAACAAUGGAACCAGCAGUAACCAACAGGGAAAACGAAACAAUGAAGCAAAUAAUGGAGCACAUGAUUGAGAGGAACAGCAGUUUCAGCUUUCUCGUGAAUGAGAAGGAACAAGUCGCAGGUUUAGUGACGCUGAGAGACAUUAUUUUGCAGUUUGCUCCACCGUGCGUGGAUUCUAGCAUUGGUGGAGGUGGUUUCUUCGAAUUGGCGUUGGAACAGAGUGGUUGUUCUGUGAAAAAUGGAACUAUUGUUCCUAAUUCAGCCCGUCUGCCAAUGCCGACCACCUGCAUUCUUCUCCAAAGCUUUCGUGGACUUGCUUUGGUCCUGCUUCGUUGACUCAAAUGGAACUUUUUCCUCUGUCUCUGCUGCUGUUGGUGUCAGUGUCAGUGUCGCUGCUGCACCUUCUGUCGUUGGAGCUAUGUCUCUCCUCCCUCUUUCAGUUGACUCUGUUCUAUUAAUGGAAUAAAUGACCAUUUGUACCAAUGAAAGAUGAAAACGCUGAUAGAUGUACCCAUACUAGAUCGAAACUAAACUUGUACCCACGUAAGAUGUCCUCCGUGUGACAAAAGUAGCCUGUCUUGGAUCUGCACUUGGUUCGUGAUUAUCCGACCCUACGUGGCUCUCCAACCCUCCAAAAGGCCUAUCUACGUGGAAGUGAACGUUUGUAUAUGAAGAUUUAACUCUACUGCAAAUGAUGGAAGUCGCAGCAGUUCUGCAAGAUCGAAGAAGAUGAAGGAGAAGAAGUUCGACGGCAGAUAUUUCUGUGGGAGGGAGGUUGCGUUGAUGGAGUCUGGCACAAUUACGAACCCUAAUAGAUGGUUCAUCAGAUGUCCUCUAUGGGCGACAAGAGACUCCAAAUACUUUGUUUGGGUGGAUGAACUCGAAGAAAGAUGGGAGAGCCUAGCAAGAUGUUUAGCCAAGAGAAAGUCGGAACAUUCUUAUGCAAGGCAUGAUGAUGGAUUGACUGUCACUGUAGUGGGGGAAAAUCAGCAAGUAUCCUCAAUGAUGGCUAGGAAGAUAGACAAAUUUAAGGUUGAAAUUAGGGAUGAAAUUAGGGAAAUUAGAGUGUUGCUUUCAACUGUUGCGUUGGGGUAGCGUUUUGUUUAUUCUGUGAGUUGUAUUUGGUGAUAAAAUUAUAAGAUAUGUAAAAUUGGGGAUCUUUGUUCAUGAUAGUGAAAUUUGUUCCUGAUAUUGGCAUGA